GCGGGCUGAGUUUAUUUAGAAAAACCUUUGAACCGGAAGUGUUUGCCUAAAGCCUGUAAACACGUGUAUAUCCUCUACAAGCACUCACGGGUUGCUGGUAUUCAUCUGUCUUUUAAAGAUCUAGACAGUUUACCUACUAACUACAUGACACUGCGACAAGCUUGUUAGCGUUUUUUGCUACCAUGGCUGAGGCGUUCAGUAGCAGCUCGGAAACUGUAAUUCGUCGUUCGAUAAACGUCGAAGUGAAGGCAAAUACCUCUGGGGAGAAACUGGAAGAGUUUUAUGACAUUAAAGAGACAUGCGAGUUUAUUAGGGAGCAUAACUUUGACAAGGUUGCUCUGCAGUUUCCCGAUGAACUGCUGGUUGAUUCGGUGGCCGUAGCCCAGGAGAUUGAAAGAAACAGUCAUGCCAAAACGUUUAUUUUAGGAGACACCUCUUAUGGCAGCUGCUGUGUGGAUGAAGUCGCAGCAGAGCACGUUGGAGCUUCCUGCAUUGUGCACUAUGGCAGUGCUUGCCUCAGCCCAUCCAACAGGCUUCCUGUGUUGUACAUCUUUGAAAAGAGACCAUUGGAUGUGGAGUUGUGCGCCUCCUCCUUCAGGGAGCUGUACCCCGACACGCAAACGCAUGUCAUCCUCCUCUGUGAUGUCAACUAUAAUCACGCUAUUGAUGGUCUUCUGGCACUUCUGUCACCAGAGUAUCCAAACCUUGCUGUCUCGGAGCUUGUUGUCGGCGGAGGACAGUGUUUCAUUCACGGAAGAAAACAAAUGGAUAAAACUUGUCCUUCUGAGCCUGAAAACAGCCUGGUCAUAUCUCAGUUUGGGAGGCGGUUUUCCCUAAAAUGUGGUACAGCUGUAACAGAUUACAGGAUGUUUUAUGUUGGCCUGGAGGGGGCGACCUUAAGGAACUUCAUGAUGACUUGGAAUCGCUGCUCGUUUUGCUCUUUUGAUCCCGUCUCACUGAAAGGAAGGACUGAGUCUAUUAAUGUUAACCGAGCGCUGAUGAAGCGAUAUUACGCCAUAGAACGGGCCAAAGAUGCCAACGUGGUUGGUAUUCUUGUCGGGACCUUGGGUGUGGUUGACUACCUCUCCAUCAUCCAGCAGCUGAAGAAAACCAUUCACCGAGCUGGCAAGAAGAGCUACAUGUUCCUCAUGGGGAAACUCAACGUACCCAAACUAGCUAACUUUAUGGAAAUCGACAUAUUUGUGCUCAUCGCAUGUCCGGAGAACUCGCUGUUGGACUCCAGUGAAUUCUAUAAACCCAUCGUAACGCCGUUUGAGAUGGAAGUGGCCUGCAACAAGAAAAGGGAGUGGUCAGGGGAAUAUGUCACGGACUUCCGACACCUCCUGCCAGGUGGUGGAAGUCAUGUGCCGUUAGCCGAUCAGCAGGAGGACGUCGACGAUGAGACAGACGUUUCAUUGAUCACCGGAGCGCUGCGAAGCCAGAACCUGAUGAACAGCGAGCCUGUAGAGUCCUCGUUUGGAUCCUCUGUGGUCCUGAGGAACCAGACUCUGACCGUAGCCAACGCCGACUCAGCAGCGUCCUUUUUGGCAGGUAGAAGCUGGCGUGGCUUAGAGCCGGCGCUGGGAGACGCUCCUGUGGUGAAGGUAGUAGAGGGAAGAAAAGGCAUCGCUAUCGCCUACGAAGACGAAGGAACAUCGUGAUGAUUUUUGCAGGAAUCCACAAGAUCUUCCCUAGAUUAUUUAUUAACAGUUAAACCAAGUAUAAAGUUUACACCUUCUAACUACUGGAUGUAUUUAAUUUUUACGUGAUUAUUAAACAUUUGUGAAAAACG